AUGUUAAAUUCAGUUAGUCGUGGAAUAAUAAGUAAACUUCAACACAGUCCAAAUGGGUCUAAUGUAAUAACUUCUAUUUUUAGAAAUUUAUCUUUUACCUUUGUAAGAAUGGGCGUAGAUAUUGAUACCCAAAAACCUGGAGAUGGAGUUAGUUUUCCAAAGAAAGGACAGAAAGUUUUGUGCCAUUAUACAUUAAACUUGGAGAGUGGAAAGGAAAUCGACAGUUCCAGAUCUAGGGGGCAACCAUUUGAAUUCACUAUCGGAAAGGGUGAAGUCAUCAAAGGUUGGGACGAAGGUCUUACAAAGAUGUCUGUUGGUGAACGUGCAAUUUUGAAAAUCUCACCAGAUAUGGGAUAUGGAGCUCGUGGUAUCCCAGGAGCUAUUCCAGGAAAUGCUACUCUUAUUUUUGACGUUGAACUUCUUAAAAUCAAGUCUUAA